UUACUGCGCUACUGUGCGGUUCCAGCGCAACUGAAUAAAACCAACCUCUAUCGCUCUAUAGAAUGUUUACAAGAUUUACAAGGCCACGUCAAAAAAGAUAACCUAUUUACUCCUGUCAUUUGUACGUGUGUGAUAUGUAGCUGUCAAAACGAUCAGCUGUUGUCAGUCGGCAAGUGCAGAGAUGUUGAAAUGUCAAUAUUUUGGAGAGUGAUUAAUGAUCCGACAUUAUAUGCUAAUCAAAGUACGGACUGUGUGUGAAGUGAAAGUUUCCGGUUCCCAACGGUCCAGUGCAUAAUUGGAGUAUUCAACCCUUUGCAGCUACUUUUUAAUCAUAGGGCAUCCAGACGUGUACUGCGUAAUCUAUGAAUUUAGGCGUAUUCAACAGAGUUAAUCUUAAGGAUUCCCAAGGAGGGAUGUAUUCAGAAUGGGCUUCACUGAGUACUCUGAUCCAGCAGGGCUCGGAGGAAAGUCAAAGUGUACUCGAGAAAUUUCCUCCUGGCGCGGGGAGAGAUGUGGCACUAUCCAUAGUACGCCAACUUGCAGCUAAUCUCGGUAUUACUCAAGCCGGAGAGCCCAGUCCACUCUGUACUGACAAAGAAGUCCAAUGGUGCAUGGAAGUGAUAUGUUUUGGCCUGUCAUUGCCAUUAGCUGAGCAUGAUACCGUCAGAGAUUGUGUUAAUAUAUAUUGCGAGUGGCUGUCUGCAUUGUAUUCCGCACCUAAAGUUUCUGUACCAGGACCGAUCAUAGAUGAUCCGAACUUCUAUGCUAGGAAAAUUAUAAGCCACUUCCACAAUUUGUUCGUCCCAAGGAAAGGAGAAGUCUGGCCAUUUUUAUAUCAGGAUCUAGGCACGGACACGAUAAAUCGACAGGCCGUCCUGUGUCACCGAGUAUUAAGGACCUUUCAGCAGAUCGCAAGAGGCCCGGCAACCUUGGAGAGAGAAACGUGGGAGAGUCUGCUGUUGUUUCUCAUUGGCAUCAACGAUGCGUUACUGGCACCGCCGGCGACUAGAGAAGACGCAGGGGAGCAGCUCUGUGAAAGAGUGCUUGGUGUGUUGUUGGAGGUAUGGCUGGUAUCCUGCGAACGCAGUUUUCCGUCGCCUCCCUUGUGGCGUACACUACGAGAAUCUUGCCUGCGAUGGCGUCACAGAUUGGCUUUGGUGGAGCAAUGGAAUCGCGUGUGUCUUGCCCUUACAGCCAGACUGCUGCAAAUUAUGUACGGACCGAUGUUUCCUGAACUGAAGAUCAGUGAGGAGGAUACGCAACUGGUACCACCCACUAUGCCGGACGAAGCAGUGGCACAGGCAUGGUACAGACUGUUGCGCACCAUCGGCGACCCCGUGGAUCUAUGUAGACCCGCCAUUGUUUCGCAAACGCAAGCGUUCCUGCAAUACGCCAUCGCCAGUCCCAACGUCAUAGAUCCCUGCCAGCAUCCGUGUCUGCAGAGCUUGCCGCAAAUAUUUCUGAAAGCUAUCAAAGGCAUAGCGGGUCAGGUUGACGCUUUCCUCGGAGUUUCACAGGCAUGUUGCUGGGAGGAAUGUUGUGUAUCCAACGUUGCGUCGGGAAAUAGUAAUACAGGAGGCGGGGGUGUCGGAUGGGACAGGUCGAGCGGCAAGGAUCAGCCUCAGCCUUCCCCUACACCCCCAACGCAACGCAGACUUGCCAAAAGUUUCAGUGUCACUCCCUCUGCGGUUACUAAGGGAAUCCCAAAAGCCUCAUUAAUUGGAUUAACAACAAGCCGCGUAAUCAGCACGCCACCGAUGCUGAUAACCAAUUCCGGACCGUCGUCCGCUUCGAGCACAGCAUCUAUGACUUCACUCGGCCAAGACAUCAGACCGCCUUUAGCACCCGGACGUCCUAAGUGUAACAGUAUACUGCAUCUCUUCGGGGAAUGGUUAUUCGAGGCUGCGUUUAUCGGCACUGAGGGCUGGUCCCAGAAUUUACCGCAACCAUCCGGUGCCUCGAAACGUCCGUCUUCGGUGCUCGUCGACGGGCCGAGUUCGUUGCAAGAAACCGUGAGCGAAGUGCCGUCGACGCUCUGCAUAGACCGCUACGAGUCGGGCAGAGCGGAGGCAUUAGGCGCCCUGUGCAGGAUCUUUUGCGCUAAGAAAACGGGCGAGGAGAUCUUGCCCGUGUAUCUGGCCAGGUUUUAUCAAGCGAUGUAUCAUGGCCUCAAGGUGGACGAAUCGCGUGAAUGUGGUGAAACGCUGGCGAGUAUUUUGUUGAACUCAGCCGACUUGUUUCGUCUCGACUUGAACGGCAUACAAGUGUUGGUGCCGGCCGUGUUAUCCGCUUUGGAAGUCGUUCUACCGGAGAAAGACUUGAAACUGAAAUCCAAUUUAGUUUCAAAACCGGAUCUGAGAAGGGCCUCGAUACAUCUGUUGAUAUCGAUGUUAACAUUGCCCCUGCACUUUCAGAAUCUUGCCAUCAAGGAACUUCCGACAUUCCCAGGCACAAACUUAUCUGACAAGACUCCCAUAACGUUUGUACAGUUAAAAUCGAGACUCAUGAAUUUGCUCAUAAACGCUUUGCAAGUGGAGACCGAUCCUCAGAACACACAUAUGCUGUUGGGGGCUCUUUUACUGAGUGUACAAGACUCUGCGGAGGCGGAAGAAGUGGAACAAGUCACGCAGCCAGACGUCGUGGCGAAUGACUCAUCUACUAAUUUAUUAUCCUCAGUCACCAGCGAUUCAGCCAGUCAAAUAAGUAUAUCCAGUGAUCAACGAUCAAUUGGCGAUGCAUCUGAUAUUGCGACUCUUCAAGAGGAAUGCAUUGCAUUCGAUUCCGCGCACGCUCUUUUUGUACGCGCUACGUACUUGGUGUGUCAUCGUUUGAUUUCAUCAUGGAAAACUGACUUGAAUAUCUCUCUGGCAGCGCUCGAGAUGCUGUCGGGAUUAGCGCGCACACGUAUUCGCGAAACAGCGAGGAAACUUACAGACGCACUGGAAUGUAAAAGAGCGGUGAAGUGGUUGUGUGAUUACAUUGCGUAUCAAUGUUGGCGUCCACCUCCGGCACAUUCUAAGGACCUCCACUCUUCCAUCGUUGCGGCGUUCAAUUGCUUAACAACUUGGUUGACCGCGCACCCACAGUUAUUACAGGACAAAGACUGCUUGACCACAGUAUUGGAAGUCGUUGAACUCGGGGUAUCCGGCACUAAGAGCGUCGGGAAACCAGGCGAACCCAUCAAAAUGAAAGACGAGAAAGAGCUGAAGCCUGCGUCUAUGCGUGUCAGGGAUGCCGCCGACGCCCUUCUCACUAUUCUAUUGGAACAGGUCGGUUAUUUUCCCAGUGCCUGCGGAGCGCAGUCGCUCUCGUCAUUGUUGGAUGAAGUUUCGUUACUCCGGCACUGCAACAGCUGGACCGGUGGACGAGUAGCCCGGCAAGCGGCCGUAGAGAGAUUCCGCUACUUCGUCUCUGAAAAUGCAAUAGUGCUAGCUCUGUUGGAGGAACCUCUGGGGAACGAUCAAGACCCUCAACCGACCGUGACGGUUCUGAUACGCGGACCAUUCGGUAGACAUGCGUGGACAAUGCAGCUGCGACACUUACCGCGUCACCGGUCCAGCAUCAGAAGCAUCAACAACAAUCCCGGCAGGCCCUUGCCGUUGGCUGAGGCCGCUCCACGGACGGAUUAUAAGCCAAGAUUCUUCCCGGAUAAUGUGGAUCGCAUUCCGCAUUGCAAAGUGGACGAAUCAAUACCAAGUCUCGAGGCAGUUAUGAGCGACAACGACGCGGUACGAAACGAACACCAGAUCCUCGCGCAACUCUUAGAGCGUCAAAUCACGCUCGAGACCAAAUGUGACAAUGGUAAUGUAAAAAAUACAGAAGAGAAGAGCGAAGAGUGCGUGCCGCCGCAGAUCUGUCAUGAGUUCCAAACGGCCCGUCUGUUCUUGAGCCAUUUCGGUUUCUUAAACAUGGAGCCUAAAGAAAACGAGGAGUCCAGAGAUAGCGGCCUUAUUGCUCUAGAUCCGACUAUUCCCGGAUUCUGUAUGGAUUUGGAGACACUAGACAAUAUCAGUCCACGAACGUGUGACACUGUUCAUAUCUUUUACGUAAAAGCAGGUCAAAAAUCUGCAUCUGAAAUAUUAUCAAACGUGCUGCACGAGGAAAAUGUGUCGCCGAAUUUUUUGGAGUUUCUGAGCUCCCUCGGUUGGCCCGUUUCUGUGUCCACUCAUGCAGGCUGGACCGGUCAUGUAUCCACAUCCUGGAGGGCGACGGCGCAGGUGAACGUGCCGCAGCCGGCCCAUAGCAAUCAUGGCGGAGCGCUUUACAACGGUGACACGCACGUGUUGUACUGGGCCGACGUAAGUUCCGAAAUUGCAUUUGUGGUGCCUACUCAGUCGUACCUCAUGGCCAGCUCGGACUCAUUAGAAGAAACUAGCAGUUACAGCAGCGAUAUCAGCAGUGGUCAAGCGUGGUUCGAACGAAGCAUCAGUGAAAGCACGGAUACUCGGAUUUCUGGUGUGUCACAAAAUACAGCUCAGGCUUCGAGAGCGAUGUCGCUCGACUUGGAAAAACAGCCGUCGAGCUUGUCGGGAAUAGGUCCGACUAAUUCGUCAAGUGCGGAUCCUAUCAAACCGAGAAGGUCGACGAAACAGGCUCUACCAUUGCAAACCAAUACGAAAAUCAUGGUAGUGUGGUUGGAGAGUCUAGAGGAUCACAUCCAAUUUCCGAUCGGUGAUCUGCUUCCUUCCACCUGUACCGGGCUGGAGCAGUCGAGGAUGAUGCAAGCUACCGAUGUACAAGUGAUUUUUUUGCAAGCUCUUGCUAACGGUUUGAUGAGAGUCAGAUUGCAGGGACCAGUCUCUAGAAUCAAUCUAGCAACACCUCUAAUCGACGGUAUGGUGGUAUCGAGGAGAGUCUUGGGGACAUUAGUUAGGCAAACAGCUCUUAAUAUGGGACGUAGGAAGAGGCUCGAUAACGACAGUUAUCAUCCGCCGCAUGUGCGAAGACGUUUGAAAAUUCAAGAGAUGGUACAGAAGUACAAGAGGAAUUUAACGGAUCCGGAAUUGUUGACGCUUUUAUUCAGCAGCACUCAGACUUAUCGAGUAUGAGCAAGUUUCCAAGAAUGAAAUUGAGGAUAUCAGCAAUCUGAUAACAUUAUUGCAAAUUCACGCAAUCGCUUGGAAUAAAACGUCUUGUCACGAUAUCUUACAUUACAUGUUUUAAUACAAGUAUUACGUAAAGAACUCUACAUCUUAGCCGUUAUUUUAUUACUCAUCAAAUCGGUACUGUAGAUAUAGCGCUGUAAGGUAGAUUAUAUUCACAUUUCAUGAUCAAAUAGCUACUUUAAUAUAAGAUAUAAUGAAAUGUAUCAUUUAAUUAAUUUAUUGUGUAUAAUAAUACAUGCAUUCUAUACUCCCAUGUUCUAUAUUGCGUAAUUUUCCGAAUGGACUACCCUAAGGCUUUAUAUCGGUUAUGUGUUUUCAAUAUCGUCAUUAUUCAUAUCUGUGUAACGCAAGUAAAAAUUAAAAUUGUAUUCCGUGCACACACACAUUACAUACGAUUACGUAAACACUUACAUGUUUUUCGCAUGUGGAAUUAUGAAAGGUUAUGUCGCGAUAAGAAAUGUAUAUUCGAUAGAUUAGUUAACGAAUCAUUACAUUACACUUCAUAUUUGCUCCAAGGUCGAUUCUAGAUAUAUCGAAUAACGAAUGAAGCGUUUAAUUCGAAGUUCUGUGGUCCCCCAUACGAACUUGAUGAUUUUGCUCAUAAAUGUUUAAGCAUAUAUGUUCAAGGCUGUCUUUGAAGAAGUACCAGGAAUACGUUAGAGAGGAAAAAAGAUUUUUUGUUUGAUUGUUGUCUUUUAUUUUGGCCAUUAGCGGAAUGGGAUUUUAUAAAGUGUUUCGUCUCACAACGAUCCUACCAAAUUGCGUUUCAUCAUUAACACGUUCAUUGUCAAUCACGCGAUAUCGCGUGAUGCGAGUUCUCACCAAACGGCCGA